AUGCACUCCACAAAGCCCAGUUAUAUACACAAAAUCGGUGAACAGCCUUUGAAAUACACCACGAUUGGACAACUUCUGCAAGAAACGGCCGACAAGUUCGGCGAACGAAAAGCGGUCGUUUCAGUACACCAGAACGAAUUUUUGACGUUCUUUGAGCUUUUACAAAAGGCGGAUAAACUAGCUGCAGCUUUCAAAUUACUAAAUUUGGAGAAAAAUGACCGUUUGGGAAUAUGGGCUCCGAAUUUAUUGGAAUGGUACAUAACGAUGAUGGGGUGUGCAAGAGCCGGUUUGAUUGCGGUGUACCUAAAUCCGGUUUUUGAAGCCCCAGAGAUGGUGUACUGUAUUAACAAAACCCAAAUCAAAGCUUUAGUGUGCGCUGAUAAAUUUAAACAGCGCGAUUACUACGAGUUUUUAUUAACUAUAGCCCCAGAGUUGGUAAACUGCGCCCGUGGGAAUCUUCAAAGCGAAAAAGUACCAUCCCUGAAAACCGUGAUUCGUAUCAGCGAAACAAAUAAACGCGGUACUUACAAUUUUCGCCAAAUUUUGGACCUAGCGAAUGAUAGUGAAGUCGCUAAUGUACAGAAAUUCCAACAGUGUAUUAGUCCAGAUGAUGGCUGCAGUCUCCACUUCACUUCAGGAACCACAGGAAAACCAAAAGCGGCUUUAACCAGCCACUACAAAAUGGUAAAUAAUGGUUUCUUUAUAGGUAAAGGAAUGGAUUUGUCCCGCAAACACCACACACUUUGUGUCCAGGUACCACUAUUUCAUAUUUUUGGUACCGAUAUUGCAAUCAUGGUGGCUUUAAAUCACGCUAGCACUGUAGUUUUGCCAACAGACGGGUACCACCCGAGUAAAACUUUGGACGCAAUCAAAAACGAAAAGUGUACGGUGGUUUAUGGUACUCCUACGAUGUAUACUGACUUAAUUGAAACUCAAGAAAAACGCAAAGAACGUAUAUCUGCAGAGAUAGCUGUGAUAGCUGGGGCUCCAGUUACACCAUAUCUGAUUGAACAGAUUUCAAGAAAUGGGUGUAAAGUUGAACUGCUCUAUGGGCUAUCAGAAUGUACUGGAAUAGUGUUCCAGUCAGUACUAACUGACACUAAAAAAGCGUCAGAGCUUGUGGAGUACGUACAAGAACAUUUCGAGGUUAAAGUAAUUAAUGAAAGUGGUGGUGCAGUACCUUUUGGUACCGCUGGUGAACUAUGCGUACGGGGUUAUGGUAACAUGUUGGGUUAUUGGGAAGACGAAGAGAAAACGAACGAAAUGCUAGGAAAAGACGGCUGGCUCAAAACUGGAGACCAGUUCAUUCUCGAGGAAGAUGGAAGCGGACGCGUAGUCGGGAGGUUAAAAGAUAUGAUCAUACGAGGAGGAGAAAAUAUUUUUCCCAAAGAAAUCGAAGAAUUUCUGGUUACACAUCCCGAAAUUCUCGAAGUACAGGUAAUAGGUACACCACACAAAAGGCUCGGUGAAGAAGUCUGUGCGUGUGUGAGAGUUAAACCACAGGCAAAUUUAACCCUUGAAGACAUCGCAACUUUCUGUAAAGGAAAGUUGGCGUAUUUUAAAAUUCCGACGAAAAUGCAAAUUUUUGAUUAUUUUCCUCGAACAAUGUCAGGGAAGAUUCAGAAAUUUAAGCUUAAGGAAACGCUUUCAGAGAAAAAUCUUUGA